AUGCGUCUUCAUUUUAUAUGGGUUUUUAUAACCCUUUUGUUAUCACAAUUCACUCAUGCAGUUAACCAUAUUCGUUCAUCUUCUCUUUUAACAUGUAUGGAUAAUUCUGAAUUUACUGCCUCUCAUUUUGAUGUGAUUUAUUAUCCAAAUAAUAGAACAGUUUAUUAUGAUAUUUCUGCAAUUGUUAAUAUCGAUACCAAAGUCUCUGCUUCGAUCGAAUUAAUUGCUUAUGGUGUUACUGCUUUCACCAAGAAUAUCUCAUUCUGUUCUCUUAAUUAUGCUGCAAUUUGUCCUUUAUCUACUGGUCAUUUGGAUCUUAAUUCUCAUUAUAAGUUGGGUAAAUCAGUUACUUCUCAAAUUCCAAACAUUGCUUAUACUAUUCCGGAUUUGGAUGCCAGAGUUAGAGUGGUUCUUUAUGCUGAUGAUACUUAUGAAAGUUUGGCUUGUGUUGAAGGGGUCUUAUCAAAUGGUAAAACCGUUCAAACUAAAUAUGCUUCUUGGCCAAUUGCUGCAAUCUCUGGGUUAGGGGUUAUUACUUCUGGUAUUGUUUCUGUUAUUGGUCAUUCUAAUACUGCUGCUCAUAUUGCUUCAAAUUCAAUGUCUCUUUUCAUUUAUUUCCAAUCUUUAGCUGUUACUUCAAUGAUGGCGGUUGCUAAAGUUCCUCCAAUUGCUGCAGCUUGGGCACAAAAUUUCGUUUGGUCUUUAGGUAUUAUUAAAGCUGGUUUUAUUCAAGAUAUUGCUAAUUGGUAUUUACAAUCAACUGGUGGUAGUCCAACUGAUGUAAUUGGUACCUCUUAUUUAUCUGUUUCGGUUCAAAAGAAAAAAUGGAAGAGAAAUGCAAUGGAAUUCUUUAAUAAUUUAUACACAAGACAACAACAAAAUAAUCACUUAACCAUUUUUAAAAGAGCUUCAGUUUCUUUGGAUUCCGAUGAUUUUGGUUAUAGUGACAAUUUAGAUAAUUCCUUAUAUACUGUUAAUGAAAAGGAUUCAGAUUUAUCCUCAAAAAUUUUGGUUUUAAGAGGUAUUCAAAGAGUUGCUUAUUUAGCAGGUAUUGAAAUUACUUCAUUAUUUAUGACUGGUAUUAUCUUUUUAUUAUUUUUCGCUUUUAUCAUGGUUGUUUGUUUAGUUUUCUUUAAAGCUAUUAUUGAAAUUUGUAUUCGUUCUAAAAUUAUGAAUGAAGGUAAGUUUAAUGAAUAUAGACAACAAUGGUCUUAUAUUAUUAAAGGUGCUUUAUACCGUUUAUUACUUCUCGCCUUACCUCAAAUUGCCCUUUUGUGUUUAUGGGAAUUUACUAGACAUGAUUCAGUUGGUAUUGUCGUUGUUGCUGCUUUCCUUUUCAUUGUAACUAUAGUUUUAUUAUUCCAGGCUGCUAUAAGAGUGUUUUUAUUAGGUAGAAAAUCAGUUAAACAAUUUAAAAAUCCAGCUUAUCUUUUAUUCGGUGAUGGUAUCUUUUUAAAUAAAUUUGGUUUUAUCUACGUUCAAUUCAGAGCAGAUUGUUAUUACUUUGUUCUUAUCAGUUUAUGUUAUAUUUUUGCUAAAUCCUUAUUCGUGGCUGUAUUACAAACUCAUGGUAAAGUUCAAGGGGUUAUUGUUUUCGUUAUUGAAUUAGCUUAUUGUAUUACUGUUUGUGUUAUAAGACCUUUCAUGGAUAAGAGAACUAAUGCUUUUAAUAUAACAAUUGCUGUGAUUAAUACAAUCAAUGCUCUUUUCUUUAUGUUCUUCUCUUACAUCUUCAAAGAACCUCAUAUUGUUUCUUCCGUUAUGGCCAUUGUUUAUUUCGUUCUUAAUGCUGUCUUUGCAUUAUUUUUGUUGUUAUUCACCAUCAUAACUUGUGUUUUGGCUCUUGUUUAUAAGAAUCCUGAUACCAGAUAUCAACCAAUGAAAGAUGAUCGUGUUUCAUUCUUACCUCGUUUCGACAAUCCAAAAACUAAUGCUCAAGCAAAUAGAAACUUGAAAGAAGGUGAUGAUGAUUUAGAAUUAAUGGCCUUGGGUGCUACUGCUAUGAGAGGUCAUGAAAAUGGUGGUAAGCCAAAUAUUUAUGAUGACGAUGAUCUGUAUGACGAUGAUUCUAAUAAAAUGUCUAGAACCGGUGGUUCAGGUGGUAAUUACAAGGAUGAAGAUUCUCGUGAUUCAAAUCGUGAUUCUUACCUCGACCAAAUGGAACCAACUCAACCAUCUUCAACAAUCGUUGGUAAUCCUUCAAACGCCAUGAGAAAUUAUCAAUCUUCUUAUGCUGGUUCUAGCCAAUAUAGUAAUAGUUCCUCAAGUCUAGUUAAUCCUAGACCUGCAGCUGGUGGUGCAAAUAAUGGAUCUUAUUACGGCUACAACCGUAACCAGCAACAACAGGGCCAAAGAGUUAACUUUAUAUGAUUCUGUUCAACUUGUUUAGCUCUAGUUUGAUUUGAAUAUUAUCUCCACAUGGGUUGUCAUAUAUCAAUAAAAUUAUUCUUUUUUUUUUUUGUUCCGUUUCUUUUCUUUUGGUUCUCGUUUCUAUUCCUUCAAACUUGUAUUCUAUUAAAUUUAUCCUUUUUUUUUCAUACUUCUUCUGACUUUUUUUAUACAUUUUCUUAC